UAAAUAGAUGAUAGUAACAAUUUAGGAAUUUUAACGAAAUUUUGUAGAUAAAAGUAGACAGUUGACAUUUAAAUUUGAAAAUAAUUAUUAUUUUCUUCUGAAAAAUUAUCGUUAAAAAUAAAAAAAUAUUUUAAAUAGUUUCAAAUACGUAAUAAUGGAAAUCCCAGGUUCAUCUAAUAAAGACGGAACCGACGAAAAUAAUUAUAUGGAAAAUGAAGCCAAGAAAGUUCGCAUCUACAUUGAUGAAUUACGUUCACGUUUGGUUGAAUUGCAAAAUGAAGGCGAAGAUCUCAAACGAACAGCGGAAACUUUCCUUGGUGGAGAAAGUGUCUUUCCCGAUGAUCUUGAUACCACGCCGGAUCAAGCGACACCACCGGAACCAAUUUUGCCGAAUUCAUUCUCAAUAGGUGCCAUUAUCUCUGAAGCUACUGGUUUUAUCUCAUUGAUUAAAAAAUUUGAAAAUAUUGCAAAUAAUGCAGAUAAAACACCUGUUAUCAGAGAGGAGCCUGAAGAAAUACGACUGCUUCGUGAGCAAAGUGGCAACAUCCGGGAGAAGAUCAAGCUUAUUCAAUCUCGACUGGAACGGGUAAAUUUGAGCAGCCUUCCGGCUACCACAAACAACAAAUCCCCUUCAAUGGAGACCUUUGUGGAGCAUGAAACACGCACCCAAUUGUAUGAAGCAGCUGCGAAUACCUUGAAGAAAGUCAAUGCGUUCGAAGAAGAUAUAACGAGCGUUGAGUCGUCCUUCAAGAACAGGCCACACGAACUUCCGAUUGAACUGACUAAGGACAGGAAGAUGAGGACUACUAAUUAUUGAAUGAGAGUCUCUUUUACUGGGACCACAUUUUUAUGGUUGUUUAAGGCAUUGGUGGGUAAUGGGGAAUAUACGAGGGCUGGCAAUAUGCCCAGUAUUAAGCUUAAGACAUGGAAGAAGCGAUGGGCAUAUUGCUUGCCGAGAUAUUAUUCAAAGUCUGGUUUGAACGCAAAAUUAAAAUUCGUAUUUUAUGGGUUUAUUAGUACAUGGCUUUAACGAAAUAUAUAAAUCAAAGCAACAAUAAUUAGUAAAUAAGUUUAUACUGAAAUAAA